AUGGCCCCACACAACAUCUGGCAGCUACCGACUCUUAAUUCGGUGGUCGCCCUGGUGUUCGCAGGGAAGGACUUGAUCCUGCUGGCGAAGACGGGGCCCGGGAGAACGGACGCGUUCACGCUACCCAUUCCACAAGAGCUGCUCAGCAACCGCCAGGCUGAGCAGGCUUUUUUCAAUUACAUGCUCUCGCCAAUGAGGGAAGGACUAAUCGCGCUGGUGCAGACGGGUCCAGGAAGACGGGCACUUCAUGCUACCCAUUCCGCAGGAGCUGCUCAGCAACUGCCAGGCCGAGCAGUCUUUCUUCGCUUGCUUGCUCUCGCCAAUGAUGUUGGUUUGAUUUGUCAGUCAAUUACUUCAUUUAGGGGCGACAUAUCAAUAUCUAAUUUGGAGUGUACGUGGUUGUUAAUCAGAGAGCUGGUGAUUCAGAUCGUGGACCAGUUUGAGGUGCUCAGAUCAACUAUUGGUUUGCGUUAUUCAGUGGCGAGUGUUAUCGAUGCUAUUGUGGAAGAGAAUGUGUACAUGAAUUCAUUUUUGGUUAUCAAUGUCGGAAUGUGGCAAAUAGUGACACAUUGAUAUAGUUGUAUUUUAUCUAUGCUAUUGAUGUGGCAUGGGC